CAGGUAGUCAGACUGAUUUCAUCACUGGGGCUGUGCGCAACCUGCUGACCGUUGCUGAUGGAUGGGUGCUCAUGCAGGGCGACUUCCUGACUCCUAACAAAGCUAUAUCAGCGGCAACCUUCUACUAUCAGGGACCCGAAGCAGGUGUAGAGUUCCUAGUGGACCAGGCCUCCAUGGUUGAGGUUAACGUCAACGCUGAUAACUGGCGACAGAGGACUGAUGCAGUCAUCAACAGAAUUAGGAAAAAGUGACAUCAACUUCCAUGUCACCACCGCCAGCGGAAUAGCUCCACACGACGUGAGGAUUGAGGUCAAGCAGACCAAGAAGUCCUUCCCCUUUGGCAGCGCCGUCAGCGCGUAUAAGUACACGGACUCGGCGCAGCAGAAGUACCGGGACUGGAUCCACACUCACCUCAACUGGGCCGUGAUUGAGAACGCCCUCAAGUGGGACUUUCUCGAACCGACUCAGGGCCAUUAUCAGUACGACCAUGUAAUCCAGGCUCUCAAAGGACUGACAAGCCAUGGAAUAAGGGUCAGAGGGCAUAACCUUGUCCAGUCAUAUGACAACUAUGUGCCGAGUUACGUCAGGGGUCAGACCGGAAACCAGCUGCGCGACACGGUGCGCAAACACAUCCAGUGGACUUGUCAGCUCACCCGCGGGCUGGUGCAACAUUGGGAUGUAAACAACGAGAAUCUGCACGGAUCCUGGUAUCAAAGGACACUCCAUGACAUCAACUACGACCUUGAACUUUUCCGAGAAGCUCAUGCUGCUGACCCCAACGUUCACCUCUUCCUCAACGACUAUGGUGUUGUAAUGUAUGGUGACUCAACGGGGGCCUACCUGGCUCAGGCACAUAAAUUUAAAGCAGCCAAUGUCAACAUUUAUGGCGUCGGAGCCCAGUGCCACAUGCCAGCAGAAACGGAACCCUCCCCCACGAUGAUCAAGUACCGCCUGGACACUCUGGCUCAAGCAGGUCUGCCCAUCUGGGCCACGGAGCUGACGGUGGAGGUCGCUGAUGAACAUAAGAGGGCAGACCACUAUGAGCGAGCACUGCGCGCCCUGUACGGCCACGAGGCGGUGGAGGGCAUCUUGUUCUGGGGCUUCUGGGACCAGGCUCAUUACGCCGGCGAGAAGUCCGCUCUGGUCAGAGGCAAUAACCUGGAUCUGACGGAGGCUGGGCGGCGUGUGCUGGACCUGCUGGAGAACCAGUGGAUGACACACGAGUCUCAUACCCUGUCUACAGCCAAUCAGCAGUUGACUGUGCGCGGUUUCCAUGGUGAUUACCAAAUCUCUGUCUUCUACCAGAACCACGAGCUGACGGCCCUCAGGCAGACCUUCUCACUGGGCAGGACGGCGCACCCUGUCACCAUCAACGUCCAUAAAUAGACAUUUCUUUCAUUUCCACAGACAACAGUCAUCAGGAUAAAGAAAAGCCUUUUUUUAAACAUGGGCCACCAACAUCACUAGAAAACCCGUUUUGUAGACAACCCAGAAUAAUAAAAUGUAUUUCAAAAA